AUGGCAGAAGAAAACUGGAAACCCAAAGCCAUCAUAUUCGACCUCCUCACCGGUCUUCUCAACUCAUGGGACAUAUGGGAUGCAUCAACCCCUUCUAAGACCCACGAAGAAGGCGGCCGCUGGCGCCAACGCUAUCUUGAAAUCACAUACGGCACUGGAACGUACGUACCCUACGAAGACCUAGUCAGACAAGCUGCAGAGGAAGUUGGUCUUCCCGAGUCGGCCCCGGAAGCACUCCUCAAGAACUGGUCAACCAUUCAACCCUGGGACGAAGUGCCCUCCGUUCUCCAAGCACUUAGAUCCCAGGGUUACAAGCUCGGCGUCAUAACCAACUGUUCCAAAGAAAAUGGAAAUAUCGCCAUCACUGGUGUGGAGAAGAAAGCGAGUGCUGGUUAUGAUCAGCCGUUCACGUUUGAUGUGGCUAUUACUGCCGAAGAGAGCGGCUUCUACAAGCCUCUCAAGGAAGCCUAUCAUAGUAUCCUGCCUCGGCUGGGGGUUGAAGCGAGGGAUGUCCUGUUCGUGGCGGGAAGUGCUGGAGAUGUUGAGGGCGCAACGAACGCGGGUAUGAAGGUUGUUUGGCAUAACAAGAUUGGGUUGACGAAGAGAGGGAACGCGAUUCCGUUGAGAGAGGGCAGGACUUUGAAUGAUGCUCUGAAAGGGUUCUUGUAA